CACAUCACUGUUUUCAGCAACGUUGUGCAAUGAGUAUAUGAGCGCCUCAGUCUAGUAAUCUCAGUGUGUUUGCGCGCUUGCAGCCUCUCCAGUCUAGCAGGACACCUCCAAUACACAGGUCACAUCAGGCCUGAGUGGCUCCACACACUCCUUUGCCUCACCAACUUGGUUCAACAUACUGUACAUACAAAGAGCAGCCUACCCCAAGCAGCCAUGUUCAGCCAGGAGUUCCUACAGAAGCUGAGACUGCCAGACCUGGAGGACAUGGGUCAGUACAUCAAAGCCCUCUCUGCACCGACUUUGAUUAGCGUGGGCAUGGUGGCCGCAGCAACGACCUACUACAUGGCAACACGACCCACGGCCCAGCCCCCUGUGUGUGACCUCAACAUGCAGUCAGUUGAGCUUCCGGGUGGAGAGUUUGUGCGAAGAUCAGUUUUGCAGAGAGGAGAUAAGCCGGUGACAUAUGUCUAUGAUGACGCCAGAACAAUGUAUGAGUUCUUCCUCAGAGGAGCCAGACAGUCCAAUAACGGUCCCUUUCUGGGCUCCAGAAAACCCAAUCAGCCCUAUGAAUGGAUAUCCUAUGGAGAGGGAAUUGAAAGGACGCAGAAUCUGGGCUCUGCUUUUCUUCAUAUGGGCCACUCCAAAACCUCAGAUCCACACAUUGGCAUCUUUGCUCAGAACAGACCAGAGUGGACCCUCACGGAGCUGGCCUGCUACACUUACUCUCUGGUAGCUGUGCCACUGUACGACACCCUGGGAUCCGAAGCCAUCCACUACAUUCUUGACAAAGCCUGCAUCUCUACGGUGGUGUGUGAUGUGGAAGAGAAGGUCCACAUUGUAUUGGAUGGUGCGAAUGGCAAACAGCAGAGUGUGAAAACCAUCGUCCUCAUGGGAACCCCCAGCACUGAGCUGGUGGACAGAUGUCAGAAGGCUGGAGUUGACAUUUUCAGCCUGCAGGCAAUGGAGGAGAUUGGCAAGGCCCAUCGACAGACACCGUCUCCUCCGCGGCCUGAUGACCUGGCAGUGAUCUGUUUCACCAGUGGAACCACAGGUUGUCCAAAAGGAGCAAUGUUGACUCAUGGCAACAUUGUAUCCAACACUUCGGCCUUUAUUAAAAUCACAGAGGAUCACUGUCCAAUUGGUCCUAGUGAUGUCCAUAUUUCCUUCCUUCCCUUGGCCCAUAUGUUUGAACGUGUGGUUCAGGGUCUGAUGUUAGUCAACGGUGGCCGGAUAGGCUUCUUUCAAGGAGAUAUCCGACUGCUGAUGGAUGACCUAGCCACACUGAAGCCCACUGUUUUUCCUUUGGUGCCGCGACUUCUAAACAGAAUGUAUGACAAGGUCUUCGGCCAGGCCAACACUCCCAUGAAACGCUGGCUUCUGAGUUUUGCUCACAGACAGAAGGAGGGAGACAUGCAGAGGGGCAUUGUGAGGAGGAACAGUAUCUGGGAUCAGCUCAUUUUCAGGAAGGUCCAGGCCAGUGUUGGAGGCCGCGUGCGUCUCAUGUUAACAGGCGCUGCUCCAGUCUCACCGACAGUCCUCUCAUUCCUCAGAGCUGCUUUUGGUUGCCAGUUCUAUGAAGGUUAUGGACAGACUGAGUGCACUGCUGCGUGCACCAUGACAGUACCAGGCGACUGGACUGCAGGUCACGUUGGACCUCCCCUUCCCUGCAACUCAGUGAAGCUAGUGGAUGUCGAGGAGAUGAACUACCUGGCUGUCAAUGGCGAGGGAGAGGUGUGCGUGAAAGGCCCAAAUGUAUUCCAGGGCUACCUUAAAGACCCAGAGAGGACGUCAGAAGCUAUCGAUGCAGAUGGAUGGCUUCACACUGGAGACAUCGGGAUGUGGCUUCCGAACGGAUGUCUGAAAAUUGUCGAUAGGAAGAAGCACAUCUUUAAACUGGCUCAGGGAGAGUAUAUUGCUCCUGAGAAGAUCGAGAACAUCUAUUUAAGAAGCGAGUCUGUGGCCCAGGUCUUUGUGCACGGAGACAGUCUUCAGGCUUGUCUCGUGGCCGUGGUGGUACCUGACCCAGAUUUCCUGUCCACCUGGACCAAGAAGACGUUGGGCCUGGAAGGAAGCUUCAAUGAUCUGUGCAUCAACCAGGAAGUAAAAGCAGCCAUCCUGACAGACAUGGUGCAGCUCGGGAAGGCAGCAGGUCUGAAGUCCUUUGAGCAGGUGAAGGCCAUCUACAUCCACAAGGAACAGUUCUCAGUCAACAAUGGGCUGCUCACUCCAACACUGAAGGCAAAGAGGAAUGAAAUGAGACUCUUCUUCAAACCACAGAUCGAAGAGCUGUAUGCCAAAAUGAACAAAUAGCCUGAGCAAACACAGACCAAGUGGAAGAUUGUCAAAUUAAAGCCAAAACAAAAAGAACAAAAGGACAGACUCCAUGAAAAUAUGUUGUGUAUAUGCCGUGAUCCCAGUUGCUUUGUGUGUUGUGAUUUCCCCUAAAGUGGGGGGUUUAAAUUACUGACGACACAGAGCACCAGGUUUCUCAGGAGCUCACUGCCACAAUUACCUCGUAAACAUGUAUGUAUGCUUGCAAUUUAGUAGCUCCGUGGGGAAACAUUCACUCAAGAGAAAGACAACUAUUGAUGCCAUUUAAAGAUGGAAGGACCUGGUUUGUUGUCUAGAAACUCGAUCAAACCGGGAUGCUGCUAACACCAGCGACAGCUCUGCUCCAGACGUGCGCCAAGAAACACUCAUGGGACAAAGGGAAAUGUCUUAAUAUAUUUAUGGGCCGUGUGAAAUGGCUGUGCUAAACCAAAAUAGUCAUUGAAUGACAUGCAUUUUUAAUUCACUUGUUUUGACCCUGAAGUUUAUAUGUGGUAUGUCUUUAACUGUGCUUAAAUGGAUAGAAAUAUUGUGUAUCUGGGGUGUUCACAGCAAGCAACCUAUCUUGUGCAUCCUCCCUGCUCACACUUAUCCUCCUCAUAUCCAGUAACGCAAGUGUAAAAAUGAUAUCCCCAUUUACCACUUGACAGAAAGUGGAUUGUCAGAGUAUCUGCAAAAUAAAGUCUGGCGUGCCUUUACUCUUGGAA